GCACUGGGACUUAAACUCCUGUCAAAAAUUGAAUUGUUCGAGUCAUUGACGGCAAAAUCCAAAGUUUUUUCCCAAAUUCUCCACAAAUUACCGCAGUAAACCCGCAAAAUGAGCAUGGAAAUUGACGAUGAAGAGAUCGAGGUCACAACCUCGACCAGUUCGAAGGGCGAAAAGAAACGCUUCGAGGUGAAAAAGUGGAACGCCGUCGCAUUAUGGGCUUGGGAUAUUGUUGUCGAUAAUUGUGCAAUUUGUCGCAAUCACAUCAUGGAUCUCUGUAUCGAGUGUCAGGCGAAUCAGGCAUCGGCAACUUCAGAAGAAUGCACAGUCGCUUGGGGGGUUUGUAAUCACGCAUUCCACUUCCAUUGCAUCUCCAGAUGGCUCAAAACUCGGCAAGUUUGUCCCUUGGACAAUCGCGAAUGGGAAUUCCAAAAGUACGGUCACUAGAUCUCGGAUAUUUUUUUGAUACGAACAACUUGAUUUGAUUUAACUCUCACUUAAUGAUUAAAUAAAGAAAAAAAAUAAGGA